CCUUCUUACCAGAUGAUUUUGGCUACCAGUGCUUCAGUUACAUAGUUCAUGUUUUUGUUUAUGCAGAGUUUUUGUAUUGUUUAAAAUUUAUAAUUUAGUAUUUAACACCACCAUUUAAACACCAUUUCAUUGUCUCCCCGAAUUUCUCAGAAGUCUGCAAUUAAUCCCUCAAUUAAUCUCCCCAUUAAUCAGCCACUAAACAAAAGAAAUCAUCUGAUGCAAUUUUAUCACCAUUUACUAUGAAAGGUAAAGUUAAAAGUAAACCAAAAUUGUCGGAAGCACCAACAGCAAAUGCACCGGCAUCGGAUAACAAUGAAUCGGAAGACAUUAAAGACAAAAUGGACGAGUUUAAUAUACAAUUGAAUUGGUGUUUAACGAAUCUUAAGGCUAUUAUACGAGGAGAAAGCGAUAAUAGUGGCACAAAGAUACCUGAACGCAAAGUUGUUGAAGCUGGGCGAGUUUACAGUCAAUUAUCAGAUCCGAAGACGCCAUUUGUUAAGAAAAGACAACUGAUGGCUAAUUAUUUCGGAGAUUAUCGUAAAAAAAUGGCUAAAGAAGAAGAAAAGUUUCGAUCUAAAAGCAGUCAACUUAAAAUUGCAAAUUGUCUAUCGACCAAUGUACCAUCAAAGCCAAUUGUUUGUAGAAAAAAGACAAAAUUGAAAGAAAUUGUUCCUAGCGAACCUUUCAAAUUCAAUUUUUCAGGUGAUGUUUAGGUUAUAGCUUUAUCUUUUUGUAAAUUUCAAUUUUAAUAUUUUCAGUUUCAGUCAUGUAUAAAUGUGUCAAAAAUUUUGUUACGCAAAAAAUGAAUACUAUUUAACAGUUUGCUAUUAUAAUUGAGCUUGCAAAUUUUCA